AUGUAUGGUGAUAUACAUAAGCAUUCAGCUUGGCACACAAAAAAAGCAUCAAAACUAUUGAAAGAAAAAUUAAAAUUGUCAUGUUUAAAUGAAGUACCUUAUAUUCGGAAAGUUGUUGUAGCUAUUGAUGAUUUAUCAUGUCAUGAUAAACACAAUUUUUGUAUAUACUUUGUACUUGCAAAAAGGUUAAAAACAGUAGAACUAAUUUCUCAAAUAAUCAAUCCUCAAAUUUCAAAAAAGAUUGAAGAAUAUGUUAUAGAAGGAAUAUACAAUAUAAGGGAAAUGAAGCGCCUCCUUCGUUUGACAGUAAAAGAUACUUUCGGAAAUGAAAAUCUUCCUCUUUCAAAUAGCAGAAGAUUCUAUCCCAACUCUGCAACCAUAAGAUCACAUAUAGUAAAAAUUAAAAAAAAGUUACGGCAUUCCAUGAUUGACCAAGAAUGUCUUUUGAUAAAAUGUGAAGAAUGGAAAAAAUGUUAUCCGUCUGUCAAAGUGUUUCUUAGACCAAACUGUAGCGGCGAAGAUGGUGGUGAUAAAUGUUCAUUUUUAUUUGUUUAUCAGUCACAGUGGCAACAACACCUUCUCAUGCGCUAUGGAACUGAGAUACUGCUACUUGAUGCCACAUACAGGACUACCAGAUAUUCUCUUCCUCUCUUCUUUUUAACUCCAGUUUUGUUAUGA